CUGGUACAAAUACAGGGAACUAAGACGAGCAUCCCUGUCAUUGCGGACCACUCUUGAUCAACUACUGAGGAAGGACAUUGCAAAGAAAACUUCAGAGAAUUAAAGGUCAACAUGGCUGGUCUCCAGAAGAUUUUGGUUGUUUUGUGCCUGGUAACACGAUCCAUCAGCCAGGACAUGCCUUACGAGGAACUCCUUGCCCAAAUACAAGGCUGCCCUAAGGAGUGCAACUGCCCCCAAAACUUCCCUCGAGCGGUUUACUGUGACAACAGAGGACUGAAGAGUAUCCCUAAGAUCCCCCCUUACACCUGGUAUCUCUAUCUGCAGAACAAUCUGAUUGAAACAAUGCCAUUAGAGGCACUGCAGAAUGCAACACAACUGCGCUGGAUAAACCUAAACCGCAACAAAAUUACAAGUGACAAAGUAGACGAAGAUGUCCUAAGUGGGAUGAAACAUCUGGCCCACUUGUACAUGGAUGAUAAUCUGCUGUCUACUGUUCCUUCACCACUGCCAGUCAGCCUGGAGCAUCUACGCCUCUCUCGCAAUCGCAUCUCCAAGAUACCCGCCGGUGUGUUUGUUGGCCUGGACAAGCUACACUUGCUGGAUCUCCAGGGGAACAAGCUGAUGGAUGACGCUGUCACUGAAGUGAGCUUAAAGGGCCUCGCCAGCCUGGUCCAGAUAAAUUUAGCCAAGAACCACCUGAGUAGCAUGCCCCUUGGACUGCCGCCUACCACCACCCAGCUUUUCCUCGAUGGCAACAACAUUGAAAAGAUUCCUGCUGACUACUUCAAAGGUUUGCCCAAAAUGGCUUUUCUGAGGCUCAACCACAACAAGCUCGGCAGUGAUGGUGUUCCAAAAGAUAUUUUUAAUAUCUCCAGCAUGCUGGACCUGCAGUUGUCUCACAAUCAGCUGACAGAGGUUCCAGUCAUUCCCUCAGGCCUUGAACAUCUCUACCUUGACCACAACAAGAUUGCAAGUGUAAAUGGCUCCAGUGUGUGUCCCGUUUCCGUUGAUUCUCUGGAUGACUCGACGAACGAUGGCGUGCCAAGGCUUCGCUACCUCCGACUGGACGGCAAUGAGAUCAAUCCACCGAUUCCCAGGGAUGUUGUACUGUGCUUUCGUCUCCUUAGGUCUAUUGUUAUCUAAACAGAAAACCAAUGUGUUGUAAGCUAAAUGACUUUCUGCACAACUAUUGAAAUGACGUGGAUGUUGUUCCAGUCAAUGAAACUUGAGAAGUCAUCCACUGACAUUAAGCUUUCCAUUGUUUCAUCUUGGAAAGUCUUUCGAGUGAAAAACGGAAUAAAAUCUGAAAAAAGCACACUGAUCAAUAGAUGUUUCUGAUAUUAUAUUUGCUGACCACUAGCUGUGCCUUAUGUCAGUGAAGGUACCCGUCUGUAGACCCUGAACUUGUGUGUAAAUAAAUACAGGAUGGGAUAUGGUGAGAUUUGGGACUGAAUUUCAAAAAGUUGCAAAAUAUCCAUAUUCUCUGUAUUUUUUGUUGUUUUUAUUUUGACACUUUACAUUUGUAGAUUUUGUGUUUUUAUUUGCUUUUUAAAACACAAUCUGUCAAGUGUGCAGAAAUAUAUAUACUGCUGGUAAUUUAUUUUUAUUUAAUACUGGGUAAGAAUUUGAACCCUGUGAAUACUCAUGGCCAACAUUACUUCUUGUUUUGUACACAAAAAUGUGAAUAUUUGCCAACUUAUUUUUAACAUUCUGGUCAUCUUUUCUGAAUACAUUGUGAAAGGGCUUUCAUCUUAAAUUAUCUCCAAUAAAACUUCGAAUGAA